UAUAUCCGUCAUCAGAUCGAUCUGGUCUGACUGGCCACAUUUAGCUGUCUUGGAAAGUCAUAUUAGAUUCUCCAUUCGACAUCGCUCAGCCUCAAGACCAGCUACUAUACAUCCUCGCUCUGCCGCAUAGAUCUCGAACCCUACCUUGCAACGAUGUACGGCGGCACACCCACUUGCCCCACCUGUUCCCGCCCGGUCUACCAUGCCGAACAGAUCAUGGGACCCGGCAGAAACAUGUACCAUAAACCUUGUCUCGUGUGCUCGAACUGCAAGACCAGGGUCGACCCGGGAGCUUUGCAAGAACACGAUGGAAAGGCGUAUUGCAGAAACUGUCAUCGUCAAUUGUUCAGUCCCCGAGACCUCAGGUCCGCCAACGUGUACACUAGCUCGCCGUCGGCAGGUCCAUCGAGACCCUCAGCCCCAUCCACUCCGUCACGUCCUUCACGGACAGCCCUGCCACCUUCAGACCUCGGUUCUACACCCAUAAAGAGAUCUAACGGCUCUUACACUAGUACCCAGGGAACAUAUCGAUCAGUCGAUGAAGCGGUCGGAGCAACAGCAGGAGAAGGGCCGGGAACGGACAGCGAGUACGCGCCGUUCAGGAUCGUGCCUCGGUCCAACCCUCUGGCCUUGAGCUCGGCUACUUCAAUAACAGCAGAAGCUUCGUCGCCAUCAAUCGGCACUUCAGGAGUGACGGAAAAGAUCUCGACUGCCCGGGCUCCGCCUUCUGUACUCCCAAAACCGAGCAAUCUUACCUCUUCUACUCAGGCGAGUUUCGAGCUACCAACCAAGUCCGACUCGCAUGUAACGACGUCAACCCCGACGACUGCACCGGCAAAGACGUCCCCGAUGACACCGACAAGGAUCCCAGGGAGGACAUACGGAACCCCAGCGUCCGCUUCGAUCGUCCGAGCUGGGUUCGGAGCGAGCCCAGGACCAGGGGGAGGGGGGGACGUCUGUCCGACCUGUGGGAAGAAGGUAUAUCUGAUGGAAGCUGUCAACGCGUUGAGUCGGAAAUGGCAUAAAGGGUGUCUCAAGUGCACCGCCUGUAAAUCAACGUUGGACCCGAACAAGCUGUGUGAUCGGGACGGAUCGGCGUAUUGCAAGAAGUGCUAUCACGCUCAGUUCGGACCUGUCGGGAUCUUGUAACUUUCGCCAGCAUAUAGAAGGGAGGCGAAGCGCGCGAGAUUAUGAGAGGUAGUGGCGAGGGACCUGAUGGGCGAAGGAAGACCGUCGGAGGCUGGUCCUCCAUCGGAUCUACGACCUUUUGAAUUGGAGAGUUGGGUGAAACCUGCUUGUAUCACUGUAGCGAGCUCGCCCGUAACGCGCGGCAUGGCCAUUUUUUUCAGCGAACGGGGAUCCCCUGCGAUGAUUAUCGGCAUGUAAUCCCGAUCGUCAGUCGUA